AUGUCAGCUUCAUCUACCAUCAUCCUUCUCGUGGUUUCCGUUUUUGUCCUCGCCAAUGCUUGUGGAGAUUCCGCUUCUCAGUGAGUAAAAUUCUUUCUAGAUUCAGAAAAAAGAUAAAUUAUCGAAAUUCAGAUGCUCUUCAUGGGUGAAGAACGGCUUUUGCACAAAUGCAUUUUAUUCGUAUGAUCAAAGAAAAUCAUAUUGUGGAGCGUCUUGUGGAUUUUGUGGUGGAUCUGCAGUAACAACAUCUUCAUCUUCAGGUUCAUCGUCAUCUUGCACAGAUUCGCAAUCAGCAUGUGCUUCGUGGAAAAAUAAUGGAUUCUGUACCAAUUCUUUCUACACUGAUGCUGUCAGAAUUCAAUAUUGUCAAAAAUCUUGUAACCUCUGCACAGCAAGUGCUACAACUGCUGCAUCCGCAACUACCGCAGCAUCCGAAGACACAACAACUGGAUAA